UCGAGAGCGCCGGGAAAUCGCGAGGAGCUGUCUCCGUUACGCGUGGUGCUGAAAGUGCCACUCGCCGCAUCAUGUGGUCGGUCUUCUUCGUAUUUUUGUCUUAUCUGGACACAAAGGUCGUCAAUGGCGACCUCCUGAGUGGCGCUUUGGAUGCAGAAAAUGAGGGCAAAGAAAUGUUCUCCACGCUGAACGGCACCGUGUGCGCAAAAAUGUCCACGGUGGGGGAGAAUUUCCUCUACCAGGUAUCAGACGGAGCCGAGGUGGUGGGCUCAGUAGUCAGUCCAGCCGGGAAACUAUUGAACUGCUCCGUGAUAGUGGAACAGAUGCAGGUGAAAUCUUUCAUGCACGAGUGCAGGUUGGGGCUGAAGAGACAGAGUGGCGGGCGGCAGGUGGAGGCGAGUUUUGCGCGCAUGGAUGAAGCCAAGUUGAUGUGCAGAAAGUUUAAGAAGAGGGUGGAAAAGGAGGAUUCGACUGUGCAGGUGCAGGUUCUGAAGAGAUCCAAGAGAGGCUUUACUUAUCCGGGGACCCUGUGGUGCGGAGCCGGGAACAUGGCUGAUAGCUAUGACCAGCUGGGAGAGUUUGCAGGCACUGACAACUGCUGUCGUAUUCACGACCACUGCCCUCAUGUCAUCCACGCCUUCUCCUCAAACUACGGUUACACCAAUUUCAAGUGGCACUCCAUCUGUCACUGUGACUGCGAUAAUGCGUUGAAAGACUGUUUGAGGAAAGUCAACGAUACAUCUUCCCGAGUUGUUGGUCAGGCAUUUUUUAAUGUCAUCGGUGUCCCUUGCUUUGAGCUUGCUUAUGAAGAGCAGUGCGUAGAGCGGCACUGGUAUGGUCUGUGCAAACGAUACAAGAAGCUCCCCGUUGCUGUGAUGAGAGAGGCGGUGCCGUAUGACUUUGGAGGCAUUGACAUCAUUGAUGAGCUGACAGUAGCUCCUCCCAAGUCAAAAGGUUCUAAGAAAAGCAAUGAAGAAGAGAAACUGGAGAGUGCAACUCAGUCUACGAUGUUGGGUCCCGAGGAGCCGUCGCUCAGAAACGUUGUCACCGCCGCCGAGGAUUUCCUCAAGGUUCUCGCUACUGUCUCCACGUCGCAAAGCUCCAGUACCAACUCUGAUAAGGUAGAGGAGCAAAGUUCGGAGAAGAAGAAGAGGAAGAACACAGGGAAGAAAAAGAAAACCAACAAAAAGAAAAAAGGAAAAGGAAAGGGGAGGAAGAGAAAAGUGAAAACAGAGGCAGGUGUGAAAGCAGAGGAAGGAGCUGCUGUUUCACCCUCUGGCAGCAAAGCAGAAGUCAAGCCUCUGAGUAACUUCAUCAAUGAGUCACAAAGAUAUGAUCAGUCAAGCAGGAGCACAAAAAGAGUCGAUGAGAGCGAAUUUGAGCUCAGAGGAAAAGACGAACCCCUUAAUGAAGUCAUGAAAGAUGAACCAGCCUUGGAUAAGGAGAUGGUUUCCAUUACAUCACCUGCAACAGUCCAGAAGAGGCCAGCAGAGUCGAUCACUGCUGUGCUGACAGAAGAAGUCACUCCCUCAAUAAGCACUACUGUUCCACAUAAAGCUAAAACAAGAAGGCAAAGAAAUGAGAAGAGAAAGAAGAGCAAAGAAACAACUCUUCUUUCUUCUCCCAAAGAUUUUGUAGCAAACAAAACAGAAAACUUAAGCCUUGUCCCCACCAUCAUUACCAUAACCCCACCAGCGCAGCCUGAGCAACAAAACUUUGGGAGCGACACUGAAAAGCGACCUGUUGUCAGCAUUGCCAAUGCCCCCAUUGUUAUCUCCAAAGUCAAAAGGAACAGGUCAAAGGAGAAAACAGACACAGAGGGGAGAAAGAAAAGGAGGGAAGGCAGCUCUGCUUCCCCCAUUGUUCCUGUUGCCCUGCAAAAUUCCUCUCUGGACAAUCUGAAAGUGAUCCCUCUCACUGGGGUUCACACCACACCGUCGAUCCCCACCGCAGACUACCAGCUUUCCCACAGGCUGGACGUUUACACAGAAAGGGUCAAAGUUACAGCUUUGAACACUUCCUUUAGUAUUUUGAAAAGGCAACGGUCAAAAGAAAGAGGGCUGAGAAACAGCAAGAGGAAAGCCAGUGUGCCUUCUUCAUUGGAAAUCCCGCGUUCUCACAACAAGUUUGAAAAUGUGCUCCCUGUUCUCACGACUCCAGACACUCGUGUUCCUCUCAACAGCCAUGAAGCCACUGCUGCAGAAGAAGAAACACAAACUCAGAGUGAAUGGAGGCUUUUUGCCACAGCUGCGCCCACUGUCGACACAAAACAGCAGCGGCAAGCAGCCAGACAGCAGAGAAAACCAAGAAAGAAAGCUGCAGCUCUCAGUGAUGCAUUUUCUGAUGCUAAACAAACUGAACCAGUCACAUUUUUAAGCAUGCCAUCCAGAGCUGCCACUACAGCAGAGCUUAGAUCUAAAAACCCCUUUGUUACCACCUUAGCACCACCUGACAUGAGUCCACUUCAGUUAUCUAUUGAGAGAGCUAAAGCACAAUUCACCAGGAAGAAGAAAAGGAAAAUGAGACUGUCUAACCGACAACAAUGAGCCGUGUUUUUCAGGCACAGCAGGAUAGAUGGAGAAACACACAAACACAGCUUUAAUUACUUAGAUUAGCACCUGAUGACCAGACAUGCUUUACAGUUAGAAUAUUUACAUAUCACAGUACACUCUUUUCUGGCUUUAAUUGCUGGAAUUGACAUAAUCAUAUUUAAUUGUAAUAUGAGAAUCAAGUUUUGCAAUACUUUAUCCUGCAUGUCAAUAAUAAAAUUAUUGGUUGAUUAUGAA